AAAGUUUCACAUAAACUUCAAACUAUUGCCAGAUACAAGCGUCAAAAAUGCAAUUCUUGUUUGUUUUUGUUUUUCUUGUUCUUUAUUCAAUUACAACUGGACAUGAUUUACAGUGUUGCCAGAAAUUAGAAUCGAUGAUAUAUCGUAACACUAGAUUACUGAAAGAACUACUCCGCCGACACCCAAAAGAAAUCCCUGUAAGGGAAGUUGCGUUCGGUAAGUCAUGCAGACAAAGUUCAACCGGUUGGGGAGAAUAUGCUUCAAAGGCAGUUGAUGGAGAUUUGAAUACAUAUAUGCACACUGGCAAGGACCAAUCACCUUAUUGGAUUGUUGACCUUGGAAAACCAUACCAAAUAAAGCAGAUAGAAAUAUUCAACAGAAAGCAUGGCGACAUAAACACGGGAUUACGUCUGCGUGACCUGGAUAUUAUUGUUGGUACUUCCCCUUAUAACAUGCAUCUGUGUGCCCAUUACGCAGGACCAGCUCAACUGGGAGAUCAUAUUGUGCUGGUAUGUCAAUAUGACGAAACGGCACGUUAUGUGAAGUUGAUGUUACGAAGAAGAGAUUUCUUGCAUGUGGCGGAAGUAAAAGUGUAUGCACUAUAGGAUAAAUCUGGCAAA